UUGUUAUUGGAGUGGCAAAUCAUCAUGUCUAUCCUCAUCUUUUUUGCUCCACUACGGGAAGUUAUCAGUAGCCCCACCUCAUGUGAUUGAUUGCAAGGCUGAUUCAUCUCCUUUGUCUUCAGACUGGGAGCGUCGGCAUAUUACAAAACCCCUUGAGAGUCUUCUUCUUCGUGAGCUCCAUCGCCAUGACUCGACGCUGAACCUGAUCUCACAGCACCAGCCACCAUAGCGAACUGCAGUCAUACGAUAAAAGGAAAGACGAUACGAUUUCUGUGUUGAAUGAGUAGACUCCCCCAAAGUGCGUCUCCAUCUUUCGAGGGGAGAGUUACAGUAGAUGUUGAACGAUGAGGUAGAAUUGGUGUAGAAUUUAUCAUGUGGAGGUGAGCAGUGGAGAAACACGGAGCAGUCUAUAGUGCCAGUGCCCGUGGUGCCCGUCAGAUGCCGCGUCGACGUCUCACAUAUUUUUGAUGUGGCACUCGCAACCACUGCCACAAAAUUGUUUUUGCAACACAAGCGUUUUCCAGUGGUAGCAUUUUAUUUUAUUCUGUGUGUGUGUGUGUGUUUUUCUUUUUUCUUUUUUCUACUUCUUAUUUUUGUCUCAGGGAUCUCGGUUGCGAUGGCUGGCACCGCGCGUGCAAGUUAUCAACUAGUGUAGUCUAGGAUGUUGCCUAACGUUAAAGACAAGCUCCCUCUCUUUCUCCCUCUGCAUGUGCGAUCCGCGAUUGUGAGUCAGUACUGCCGGUACGCAAAUUUCUGAGGUGGAUGCAUUUGGUGGCAUGUGGUCGGGCGAUGAGCCGAAAUUUUGUCCGUGUAACAUUGGCGCAGCCCGCUGCUCUGGCAACCACGAUGCUGAGCUGGUGACAUCGCUCCCUCCACCAUCACCAUGCCGAAUCGUGGCUUCGGAUUCUGGUUGCCCUCUCGUGAUGCAACUUAUGCGCACAUGAUCUCCUGCAUCAUUCCAGAUUGAGUCUGCGCCAGAGUGGGUUCCAGGAGCAGUUACGCGCUGGUAUGAAUCCUGAAUACACUUUUUGCCGCUAGGACCCUUGGAGAAUUGCGAUUCCUGCACGUGAAGCUCAGAUUGUCAUAGGAGAUUGAGACGAUAGUUACUUUGGUGUGACCGACGUAACUUGUAAACUUCGCCACUAGCGGAGGUAGAGGAAAAGGGAGGAAGAGGAUUUGUAUGACAGACAAUCGCAAUUUACUGCUCGUGAAGUGGUGUAGUACCAGCGAUGGCGACCAGCUGGAGCUUUACACUGCUAUUGAUUCUUACAGUAGUAGCGUUUAUCACCUACAGUCAGCCGCUUUUCCAUCCUGCUCCAGCACCCUUGGAGAGACGUAAGCACUUAGAUUUGGAAAUCGUUCCACAGGCUGCGAUAGCAAGGGGCGCACCGCAGCGCAAUCUCCCAACCUUCAAGGCAAGUGAUGUUGAAUCCUACUCCGACGGGUCACAGAGCUCUGGUACGUUAAACAGUGGGAGCCAAAGACAACGCUCGACGCGGAAACUAAUCCAACGCCAGGUCUCAUCCCCUUGCGAUGAUCAGCAGAGGCACGUCAUCUGCAGAAGGAAGAGAAGAAUCGUCGCCAGCGCUGUCACUAGACCAAGCCCCGACGCAGACCGGCCGCCGCAAACUCGUCCGUGUCAUAAUCUUCCACAUGCCGAGCCCGCCAUUCCCCGAAGGUCGAUUUCGGCACACUUCGAAUCCGAUCGCAUGGUUCCCACUGGCCCCAAUCCUUUGCACAACAGCAACAGGUCCCAAGUCAUCUUUCCAUGAAUUCUCGUCCUCUGUUACUUCCACCCCAUUCUCGAGGUUGCUCUCCUCUCCCUGCCACAAUCUUCGACGAAGCGAUCGCCUUGAAGCAUUAUCGAAGACGACAUUGAACAGGAUUAGGUCAGAAAAGCGAACCUCAUUUGCAGGAUUUUGCUCGCCAGGAGUCAAGAGAAAUCAUCACCCAAUUACGGCACAAGCAAACACCACCAGCAGCGUAAAUUGGCCAAAACCUAAUGCAAGUCACGCGUCUCUUUUAAUCGCCGACUAUGCGUUAAUUGAAUCUAGAACAGAGUAGGGAUUUUUGCCUUCUCAUCUCUAUCACUGCCUAGUGCCGUUGCCGAACCGCUUGAGUGAACCCUCAAAUUACCACGACUGAAAAAUAACAGGUGAUCAGAACGAGUUCACAUUUCUACACACUGCUCGACGGUUUUAAAUUUUAAAUUUUAAGGUCCAGCUGCAGCGGGUGGAAACCAAUAGGAUAUUGGAGCUUUACGUCCAGAAUUAAAGAAAUUCAUUAUGUAUCCUUGGAAGUGUUAUGAAAUAGAUUCCCAAUACGAACAAAUUUCUUUCCAUGAA